UACUCUGCGUCGCAACACCGCUUCAUUUUGCUCUGCCAUCUUGCCGAGCCAACCUUGUUGCACAAUCUGUAAUAGUGUUAGGUUAUAUCAUUGAAUUGGUAAAGUAAUAUCUUUUCAUUUUAUUAGGAGUUCUGAAAAUGGCUCAAAGUAAACUUAACGACAUGGCAGGCAAAUUUGCCAAAGGUGGACCUCCCGGACUUGGUAUUGGGCUGAAAGUUGUAGCAGUAGUAGGCGCAGCGGCAUACGGUAUUUCUCAAUCGGUAUUUACUGUGGAAGGUGGGCAUCGGGCUAUAAUGUUCAAUAGAAUUGGUGGUGUACAACAGCAAGUUAUGACUGAAGGGUUACAUUUCCGAGUACCAUGGUUUCAAUAUCCUAUAAUUUACGACAUAAGAUCCCGUCCUAGAAAAAUAUCAUCUCCUACUGGUUCAAAGGAUUUACAAAUGGUCAACAUUUCUCUAAGGGUUUUAUCACGUCCAGAUGCACGUCACUUGCCGAUUAUGUACCGCCAGUUAGGUACCGACUACGACGAGAAAGUGCUGCCUUCGAUUUGCAAUGAAGUUCUUAAAUCAGUUGUUGCCAAAUUUAAUGCAUCUCAGCUAAUUACUCAACGUCAACAAGUUUCUUUGUUGAUACGCCGCGAGCUGGUGGAGCGAGCAGCUGACUUCAACAUCAUAUUGGAUGAUGUUUCACUUACCGAGUUGAGUUUUGGGAAGGAAUACACAGCUGCAGUUGAAGCUAAACAAGUAGCACAACAAGAGGCUCAGCGUGCAGCUUUCGUAGUUGAAAGAGCUAAGCAGGAGCGUCAGCAAAAGAUUGUACAAGCAGAGGGUGAAGCUGAAGCUGCAGAAAUGUUGGGUAAAGCUAUGGGCAUGAAUCCAGGUUACCUAAAGUUGCGCAAAAUCCGUGCAGCCCAAAGCAUUUCUAGAAUGAUAGCGCAGUCACAAAACCGUGUAUUCCUUCCUGGAAACAGCCUUAUGAUUAACUUACAAGAUCCUACCUUUGAUGACUUAUCGGAAAAGUUGACAAAAAAGAAGUAACAUGAGGCCGAGGAAGAGGGUUCUGGGUGUCUGAAGCCAGUAACCACUCUUUCCGAUGAUGAAACUGUGGUUAUAAUAAGUGGAGCGGCUUCAGUGGCAAUUUGAAAUUGAACAUUUGCAUUUGAAUGUUUUAAAUUGUAUAAACACUAUAUAUUUAGAUGGUGGAUAUUGCAUUUUAUGUUAUUUAGUUGUAGGCUUUUAGUCAUUAUGUGGAUGAAAUGAUUCAAAUAAAACCGUAA